GAGCCGUGAGGAACUACACAAAAUGGGAAAUUGGGACAAAUUCCAGUGGCUCAUGACACUAAGAAGUAAAACUACGAACUCAGACACUGAGCUGGAAGUCAUGCAACGGGAAUUGAAUAGGUAGCUGCACUUCUGUGAGAUUAUAAAUAUUCCACGGAGGGUAACGGAACUACGGGAGAAUGGAAGAAGACAGCCUGGAAGACUCAAACCUUCCUCCAAAAGUUUGGCAUUCUGAGAUGACAGUGUCAGUGACAGGCAAACCACCUAGUACCGUAGAAGAAGACGGACUACCUAAAGAAACAGACGUAGAAACCAUCCCAGAAAUCCUAGAAACCCGAGAGCCACUCUCGCUUCCAGAUGUGCUGAGGAUCUCGGCAGUUCUGGAGGACACCACAGACCAGCUCUCUAUUCUAAACUACAUCAUGCCCAUUCAGUACGAAGGAAGACAGAGCGUCUGCAUGAAAAGCAGAGAAAUGAAUCUAGAAGGAAAGAAUCUAGACAAACUUCCAGUGGCUUCAACAGUUACAAAAAUACCCUGUCCGUUAAUAACCGAGGAAAGACCCGGCUUGCCAGAAAUCAGACAAGGAGGCCAGUUCGCUGUGGAGUUUCGCAAGACGCAGGAUCUUCUCUUCAAAAAACCUGCAAGGCAGACCAUCAUGACUACGGAGACACUGAAGAAAAUUCAGAUUGAUAGGCAGUUUUUCAGCGAUGUGAUUGCAGAUACCAUUGAGGAGUUGCAAGAUUCGGGUACUUACAACAGUCUCCUGCAAGCUUUGAGCAAAGAGAGGGAAAACGAAAUGCAUUUCCAUGACGUCAUUGCCAGGGAGGAAAAAGGAAGAAAACAGAUAAUAUCACUUCAAAAACAGCUAAUUAAUCUCAAAAAAGAAUGGCAAUUUGAAGUCCAGAGUCAGAAUGAAUAUAUUGCUAACCUCAAGGACCAACUGCAAGAGAUGAAAGCAAAAUCCAACUUGGAGAAUCGCUACAUGAAAACCAAUACUGAGCUGCAGAUUGCCCAGACCCAGAGAAAGUGUAACAGAACAGAGGAAGUCUUGCUGGAAGAGAUUGAGAAACUCAGGAUGAAAACCGAAGAAGAGGCCCGGAUUCAUAUGGACAUUGAAAUGUUCCUUAGAAAGCAGCAGCAGAGACUUGAGGAGAGGCUAGAGUUCUGGAUGGAGAAAUAUGAUAAGGACACAGAAAUGAAACAGAAUGAACUAAAUGCUCUCAAAGCCACAAAGGCCAGUGACUUAGCACACCUUCAAGACCUGGCAAAGACGAUAAGAGAGUGUGAACAGGUCAUCAUUGAAGAUCGUAUAGAAAAGGAGAGGAGCAAGAAUAAGAUAGAACAGGAUCUCUUGGAAUUAAAGAGCGUCAUAAAGCUCCAGGCCUGGUGGCGGGGCACUAUGAUACGGAGAGAAAUUGGUGGUUUCAAGAUGCCUAAAGACAAAGUUGAUAGCAAGGAUUCAAAAGGAAAAGGCAAAGGCAAGGAUAAGAGGAGAGGCAAGAAGUGACCAAGUUCUCUUCUGUCUUUUCCUCUGGUAUUCUGGAGGUGGGAAGGACUUGAGAGUUAAGAAACACCUGGUACCAUCAAAGAUGACUCAUCUACAGGUUGCUUCCUAUUGAGACUUUCCCAGGGAAGCCUGAUUUCACUCUGCCUGUUAAUUUCACUCUGCCUGAU